UCGUAGCGUGUAAAUAAUUUGUCUCGUCGAUUAACUACACGUCGUUUGAUCCCAAUCGAAAUAACGGCAAUCCCGCGAUAGAAACAAGAAUUAAAAGCUCAGCUUUUUUUUUUUUUGGUUUUAACCUCGGUUUUACCGCCGAUUUUUAUCAUAGAAUAUCCGAACGCGCACCCAUCGCCGGGUACACGUGACACGCGAAUUUCAAUUUCCGCAAAAUUUGACCGGAAGUUGUCCCCGUCACGGUGGCACGCAGCUAGAUAUGUACGUAUAUAAAUAGAAAAAGCAAAAAAAAAAAUGGAAAAAGCAAAAAAUGACGUACAAAAUGAAAAAAAAAAGAAAAAAAAAAAAACAACGAGGCACAAAGGGGAAUGUUCAAAGUACGGAAGAGAGAGAGAAAAUUGGGUAUUUGAGCCGUGCGUUCAUAUAAAACGAAUGAAUUUAUUCCAAAGCGCGGUAAAUUGGUGCGAUUGGAAAAGUGAGUGCUCGAUGAUUGGGAAGGGGCGGGCGUGUACCUGUAGAUAUGCAUCCCAAAAAAAAGAAAAAAAAAAAAAAGGAAACUAAAAAAAAAAAACUGCACGGGUCUAUUUUAUUAAAUUUUUUUUCUCCAUUCCCAGCUGGAACGUUUUCGCCCCUAGUUUUUCAACCCGCGACGCGUCGCGAGUAAGAUAUCUUUUCCCGCAAGUCCGAGGUGGAUUGAGAAAAAUUUUUCCAAAUUAUUGAAAACCAUUUUUAGGAAAAAAUUGCAAACACGCGCCGCUUUCGUACACCCUGUAUAACGCGCACGGCGAUACGUAGAUAUGCAUAUCUCCACGUGCACACAUGUGCGGAGUGAAAAUCGAUUAACGUCGCGUCUAGCCCUAGAGUGGAAGGCACGUACAUAAUGUAACCGAAUAUAUAGGCAGUUUCGCUAUAAGUUGCCGGGCUGUGUUACACGUAUAUCGGGAGGAAGAAGAAGCAUCGGCGGAACCGAGCGAGUGAGCUCGCGCAACGUUCUUCUUCCACUUCCGCGUCUUCUUCUCGUUCCUUCCGUUUACACGUGAGUCAUCUUCCGUACCUACCGCACCUAUAUAUAUAUAUAUACAUCACUCUACAGUUCUCAGAUAAGAGACGCUAACUUACCCCGCGGUUGCCUCGGGCAUUGUGUGUGUGACGGUUGGACGUCGAUUAUUAUACGUCCCCCGAUCUGCAGUCAAAGACUACGACGACUACUACCACCUCCCGCGACCGAUCUCUCUUACAUGGAAAACCAGGUGAACGGAAAGGACGUUUCAAACUCGAGCCACGAGGACGCGGUUCGUUGUUUCGAAUCUGCCCAGGAACCGAUCAUCGUCGAAGUCCUCAGAAGACAACCGGGUCACCAGAGCGCGGCGGUCCAAUCUUCGCCGGUUAAAGAAUCGGCGGCGGAAAAAACGGAAGAAUCCGUUGGGACGAAGUCCGAAAAAUGCGACGCGGAAAACGUCGGGAAAGAAAACCCUCAAUUACCGAACAACGCCGGGGCGACCAGUCCGCUGGUGUCCACCGCCGUGCAAACCGAUUGGGCGGGAUUAAUCGAGGAGGAAUUAAUUCUCGAUCCGCUGAACAUCGAGGAACAGCCGAACGACAGUUUCGAAGAUUUUUUACCGCAACACAUCAAUUUUGAGGAAGUGACGUUGCGGAAAAGCGGAAGUGCGGAGAAACUUGGUUUGACUGUGUGCUACAGUUCUGGUUCGGGUAGUGAAGACGCUGACACCGAAGUCUACAUUUCUGAAAUUGUUCCGGAGAGUCUGGCGGCCCGAGACGGAAGACUCAGAGAGGGUGAUCAAAUUCUACGAGUCAACGGCAGGGACGUCGCCAACAAGGAACAGACCGAGUGUUUGUUCGCCGAGACGAAAAACGCCGUGACUCUCCUGGUCAGCCGAUGUUUCUAUCAGGACGAGGAGUACGACGAGCGCCGUUUGUAUCAGCAGGACUCGCCGUCCAGUUCGCCGGACAACAAUCCCGCCUACCAGAACAGUAUGAUAGAGCAGUUGAUCCGGCAGCAGCAGGAAUCCGACGAUCCCGUCAAGGAUUGCGAUCCCAAGGUGACCUGCGGCGCGGCGAAAUCCGCGCCGCCUCCGCCCCCGGUCCCCUCCCACACGUCGACCCUCCAGCAGCCGGAGGACCGGAAGCAGCGGAUGCAGGACGGGGUGAAGGAGUGCUCGAAGAAGAUGGAGGUCCUCGGGCUGAGGCCGCCGGCGCCGCCGAUCAGACUGACGGAGUCCUACACGAGCCACGUCUGGAGCGACACCGAGCACAUCUACGAGACGAUACCGGAGUCGGACAGCGAGCCGAUUUACUCGUCGCCGUACGAGCACCACAACUGGCUCCAGGUGAACCAGAACGUCAGGAACGCGGCGUCGAACAACAACCGGUGCCAGGUGUCGGGGGGGCAGACGACGACCUCCACGACGACCCCCAAAGCUUGGAACAAUUCGUCGUCGAAGAGCAACAGCUCCGGCGAGGAGAAGGAGAGCUCGAGCGCUUACAACACCGGUGAGUCGUGUCACAGCAAUCCGUUGACGUUGGAGCUCCACCAGGGCGAGAAGGACCACCACAAGAGCACACUGGUGCUAUGCGCGCCCCAGCAGAAGACGCAGCAGCAGCAGCAGUCGAAGGCCCCACCGAUCACAUCGAACGCGAUCAUCGGCAACACGAACACGAUCGGAUGCUCAUGUCCCGUGUCGGGCACACAGUACGCCGGCAAACAGACGAAGACCCAACCCUCGGCGAGGAAGAGCAGCCACCAGUCCCAGAGGGAUCACAGGGACCCGACGAACUCCAGCACGCUUCCGGCUGACACCAUGUACACGAACGCCGCCAAUUUACACCAGACGAUGUUGCUGCAGCAGGAAUUGUUCAAGCAGGCUCUUCUCACCCGUCGCACGUCGACGCAGAUGAGGGAGGGAGGAGGAACGAGGAAGUCGAAGUCGCACGGUAAUUUUCAAGCACCGAAUCUCACGAGAUAUCAGUUCGUGGGUAGCCAGCAGGUGUGCACGUCCGCUUGGGUACCGCCCGAAGACAAAUGCGAGGUACAGAUGGAGUGGAAGGUCAAAAGGAGACCGGACGGUACGAGAUACAUAGCCAGGAGACCGGUGAGGAACAGGAUACUGAGGAACAGGGCGAUAAAAAUUUCCGAGGAACGGGCCGGACACACCACCGAAGAUGACACCAUGUCGGAGAUGAAGGUCGGGAGAUACUGGAGUAAAGAGGAGAGAAAAAGGCAUCUGGAAAGAGCCAGGGAGAGAAAACAGCGACAUCAGGAAUUGCAGUUGCAACAAUUGCAGCAAUUGCAACAACAGCAACAGCCGCAACAACAACCGCAACUGCAGCAGCAACAACCGCAACUGCAGCAGCAGCAACAGCAACAACAACAGCAACAACAACAACAACCUACGCAAUUACAAACGACGGAUUUAGUAAUCGGCGAUUACAACGACGAGAGAUUGUUGGCGAAAAAACCUUUGAACAUUGUCGAACUUACGAGUCAGAAAAAAAUGGCGCGAAAAAAGACUACCAUCGACGACUUUGCCACGGUCCAAGAGAUGCUGGUACACGGGAACCGGGUGGGCGGCGGUUCCGGUCCGGGUACCGGAAGUAAACUGAUGGGUCUCCUCUCGGUGACUACCGUUUAAAAGUGAGGGAAGAAGGAACAAUUGAGAGAGUAAAAUAAAGAAAGAAAUAUUUCUGCAUCUACUCGGUUGAACGUUUAUUUUUUUUUUUAUCUGAAUUAAUUUUCAUUGUUAUAAAUAUAUUGAGGCGUGUUUACCUCGCCCCAGCCAGUGGUCACUUUUUUACCUAAAGGUUACAGUGGCCUGUGCCUUUUUCGAUACGAUCACCAUUACUUUAUAAGUAAUAAUUAUAAUUAUUGUAUAGGUCCAUUGAAAAAUUCAUCUGUUGAUUACUAUGUACGUAGAUUAUGUAAUUGUUACGUGUACAGUUCUACAUGAUCCCGAUCAACCAAAAAUAAUCGACUUUCAGCAUCGACUCGACUCUGAAAAUUUAUUUCCGUUACUUAGCCCGUUGAUUUCUUUCGGACGCGAAACAAUUAAAUCGUGAAUAUUUGAUGAGAUUACUGACGAACGAAAUUGAGAAAAAAAAAAAAAAAAGAGAAAGAAUUUUGCGCUCUCUCGAGGGCGGCGAGGUGAAGAAAAAAGAAUAAAAGACGAUGGAGAAAUCAAAAAUCCUCUCAACUAUUUGGGGUGAUACCUGCGUAUACACCGUUAUAUGUAUAUGAAUAAUUAUUGUUAUUAUUUAUGAUUAAUGUGCUUCUCAAAAAAAAAAAAAAUGACAAGAAAAAAAAGCAAAAAAAAAAAAAAAAACGUAUAUUAUGCAUUCAUAUAGAAAAUUGCAUAUACCUGUAGAAAAGUAGAGAGCGCGAAAAGCGCUACACCCACUAUAAACCUAUAAACUAUACGAAAAUUUCAGUAAUAAGUUGUAAAUAUAUAUCCGAUGAAAUGAGGAAAAAAGGAAGAAGAAAAAAUACCGAUAUAAUAUUAUUGAUAUUAAUGAUAAUGACGACGACGACGACGAUGACGAAUAGGCUGUUUUACAAGAAUUAAAAGAAAAAAGAAAAGAGUAAUAAUAACAAUUAUUAUAAUAAGACGAAGCUGAGGAAGAAUAAAAGAACAGAAAGGAAAAAAACCGCCAUACCUAUUACAUAGAAGUCUGUAGAUAUGUACAAUAAAUAAACCUAAACGAUA